AUGAAGGCUUAUUACAUCAGAGAUCGGAAGAAUGGAAUGAGUACAAUGUCCAGCAAUGCAUGUACAUUCAGAGAUUUACAGGCCGCUUGUCAAAAGGGACAGCUGGCUAGGAUGAAGCGCCUCGCCGAGGAGCACGACACGCGGGUGGGACUGGACCCUCUUCACCGGCACGCGACGACAGAGUACUUCACUCAAUUGUCGAAGAUGCGUUACACGCCUCGUGGGCUUGAAAUAUUCUUGCAGUUACUUCAAUUUUUUAUGAUAUCGCAAUGUCAGUGUCCAGAGUACUUUCGUUACUUUCGCAAUGAAACAACCAAAAAAAUUAUGGGAAUUGUAGAGAUCCCAUCACCACCGUACGGAGUUCCUCUACACCUUCGCGUGACAAUCAACGUUGCCACAAUUUUGCCAACAAAAUAUACGGGUCACUUAGAACUGGCCCAAAGUAGAGAUCAGACGAUUAAAUCGCUUCAACAAGGUUUACCGAUUUUCUACAAACUUCACUUUCCCGUUCAAACCCCGAUGCCCGUCGUAACCAAUAUUCUCCUUAACGGAAUGGAGUAUUGUUCGGGAUCACCAGCCGUAGGUCCAGCCGUGACGAGUAUCAAUUUCGAGCACUCGCUGUAUCCCCCACGAGUGAUCAUCCCACUGACGGACGAGCUAAUGCAGUACCUGUCUAGCGAGUCAACCCCAACAUCAUUGACCACCCAAAUAUUCCCGACCACAUUCCCCCAAACAACGUCAUCAACGCAACGAACCAUCGUCCCAUCAACGUCACAACAGCCAUCGACGACCCCGAAAAGAUUCACAACGGCAAAGACGCCGCAAGGGCUGUUUCAGCUUUUGCAUCCAACCAAACCAAAGGUCAACUUCGAGUGCGGCUUGAACAGCGAGGAGGACCCCAGCCUCGGGGAAGUCAAAUCCCUGACCUGGCCCUGGAUCGCAGCGAUUUUUCACUACGGCAUUUACUUUCUCUGCACUGGGAUUUUGGUAUCCAGGCAGCACGUUCUCACCGUGGCUCACUGUUUAAAAGACAUCCAUCCGUAUCUGUUGAGCGUGUCGCUGGGGAGACGAAGUACGUCGAGCUACGACGACGUGGACGGGAGCGUUGACAUCGAGGUGGUCGGGGUUAAACUGCACCCGGACUACUCGAACUUUGAGAGCGCCGAUUCCGACUUGGCUGUGAUUACAAUGGCCGAUCCCGUCAAUUUGACGCCCAGCAUCCGGCCGAUUUGCCUGUGGAUGGGGAAUAAAGAUCUCAACAGAGUGGUCGACAUGGAUGGCUAUGCUAUUGGCUGGGGAAGCGGUGGGAAGAGGCAGUCGGAUUUUUAUAGGACAUCGAAAGUAUCUAUCGUAUCGCAAAAAGAUUGUCGACGAAAAAGCGGUUUUGGUGACGUUACUUCGGAUCGAACGUUUUGCGCCAUAAGCAAGGACGAAGAGGGUUUCUGCAAGGACAGCAGCGGCAGUGGGCUCAUUUUGUACUCCAAACUCCAUAAAAGGUAUCACUUGAGAGGAAUGGUCUCUUUGUCGAUGCAAAACGUCGACACGGGUGCUUGUGACAGCGAAGAAUUUGUCGUUUACGUUGACGUAGCUGGUUAUCUUCCCUGGAUUAGACAACAAAUCAGUUGA